AUGGAAUGUUUGGGAAGUCGAGAGAGAGCCACUGAGCUACUUCAAGCACAAGUCCAUACAUGGAAGCACACAACGAACUUUGUAAACUCAAUGGUACUGAAAUGUGCAAUUCAACUUGGCAUUCCAGAUGUCAUCCACAGCCACGGCCAACCCAUGGCUCUUUCUCAACUGAUCACUGCACUCUCGCUCGAACCAACAAAGGCUCCAUGCCUCUACAGACUCAUGCGUGUUCUUGUUCACUCUGGCUUCUUUGCUCAACAAAAACUACUCCAUAACAGUGAGGAAGAAGAAGGGUAUUCACUUACUUUUGCUUCUCAGUUCCUACUAAAAGAUGAGCCUGUCAGUGGAGUACCAUUCUUGCUGCUUCAGCUGGAUCCAAUAUUAACCGCUCCAUGGCAUUUCUUGGGCGAUUGGUUCCAAAAUGAAGACCCCACCCCAUUUCAUACCGCACACAGGAAGUCAUUUUGGGAUUACGCAGUUCAUGAACCGAAGCUCAACGAUAUAUUUAAUGAAACCAUGGUUAGCGACUCCCGGCUGAUCGCAAACAUGAUUGUUAGACAGUAUAAGGAGGUGUUUGAAGGGUUGGCCUCUCUGGUGGAUGUUGGGGGUGGCACAGGAACAAUGGUCAAGGCCAUUGCCAAAGCAUUUCCACAAUUGAAGUGCAUUGUGUUUGAUCAACCACAUGUUGUUGCUAACUUGGAGGUUGGUGAGAACUUGGAGAUUGUUGGAGGCAAUAUAUUUGAAGCAAUUCCUCCAGCAGAUGCAAUCUUACUAAAGUGGAUACUACAUGACUGGAGUGACGAAGAAUGUGUGAAGAUACUGAAGAAGUGCAAAGGGGCGAUUCCAAAUAAGGGAGGAAAGGUGAUAAUCAUAGACAUGGUAGUGGAGAGCAACAAAGGGGAUAAUAAGGCGGUGGAAACACAACUCUUCAUAGACAUGCUUAUGAUGGUGGUAGUUGCAGGGAAAGAGAGAAAUGAGAAAGAAUGGGAGAAGCUAUUCUUGGCUGCAGGCUUCACUCACUAUAAGAUAACUCCAGCAUUGGGUUUAAGGUCCCUCAUUGAGGUUUACCCAUGA